GCUGACACGCACUCACUGACAAACGGUAGCAGGUUGAGUGGGUGACAGCGGCUAGCAUCACACUUCAGCCGUGAAACAGCGGACGUCAGCUAAGUUAACAGGAAACAGCGGGUGAAUUAGUGUUGUAGACAGUUGAACAGACCGUCUGCCAAAAGGAUAAAACGUUAUUUCUGAGUACGGUGAGGAUGUCUGUCCCGGCAGGAGAGGGAUGAAGAUGACACCACUGUUAUGGCGAGUUGUGUCAGUGUGGCUAUGUAUGGCUGUGCUCUUUCGGUACCCUAGUUGCUAUGUCGGUUGCACAGAGUCGCACCAGGAGGCCCAGGGGCUCGUGUCCUCACAGGACGUCGGUACGGAGGAAGAGUCAGGGGAGAAGAUUCAUCAGCACAAGGUUGAGGAAAGCUGGGUAUUACCUGCCCAGCCCCCAUCUGAAGAUGAGCAGCUGAUAGAGGAUGAUCAGCAAAAACAGGAGCAGAUAAUCCAAGAGGUGGACAAGAAACAAUCUUUAGAGAGCACUUCAGCCAUACUGAGGGAGAACAUGGACUUGUACAUGUUAAACCCCUGUAGUAAUAAAAUCUGGUUCAUCAUUGAGCUCUGUGAGCCCAUCCAGGUGAAGCAGCUGGACAUCGCUAACUUUGAGUUAUUCUCUUCUACGCCCAAGGACUUUCUCGUCUCCAUCAGUGACAGAUAUCCAACAAACAAGUGGCUGAAGCUGGGAACCUUUCAUGCCCGGGAUGAACGCACAGUCCAGAGCUUCCCAUUGGACGAGCACCUCUAUGCUAAAUAUGUGAAGAUGUUCACCAAGUACAUAAAGGUAGAGCUGGUCUCUCACUUUGGCUCUGAACAUUUCUGCCCUCUCAGUCUCAUAAGGGUGUUUGGCACAAGCAUGGUGGAAGAGUACGAGGAGAUCGCUGAUCCCGCAGAAAGACCAGAUGAUCAGGAUGAUGAUUUGGAUUAUCCUCCUGGAUACGCACCUGGUGAAGUCAAGUUAUCCAAGAACCUGAUUGGAUCAGCAAAGGAUGUCAUCUUGAACAUGGUAAAUAACAUUGCCGUCAAUGUUCUCGGUGGAAGCCCAGAAAUGCAAGGCAACCUUUCAUCACAGGAAGUGAACAUGACUGAGCCAUCAUCCCAACUUGAAACUACCCCUCAAACUACCACCACAGACCUCACCUUAGUUCCAGACACACAAGUGGAAGAGGUUUUACCAGACCCUGAUAUCCCUGAAACUGUAGCCCCAUCCUCAGAGACCUCUGAGCCAGAGACGCCUACUGAAGAUACAAGCAAACAAGAGCUCCCCCCAGUGGAGGAAAAAAUAAUCAUUCCUUUAGAGAAAGAUGAAGAAGAGCCCAUCAGCUCUACAAUCACCCUUUUGGAUAAGGAGGAGGAGUUGGAUGAAGAAAAGGAGAAAACGGAUCAACAUAAGCGACAACAAAAAAUCCAGAACUACUGUUCACUACUUCCUUCUCUUUCUUCCUCGUGCUCUUGUGCAGCAUCCCUCCAGGAGUAUCUGCAUAGGCAGUGUUCAGCUCUGCUCUCCAAAAAACGGAGAUGCCAAAUUGUGAACAGAAAGCAAACGAUUCCUCCCAUCCAAACACCCACUUGGCACCUACCCCCAUCCCCAUCUGCUUGCCCUGAACCCGAGCAGCACCAUAGUGAGGUACACCAGCCCCAUGAACAAGAACAAGCCUCUGAACAGGAGCCAGAGAGCGGAGCCAGCCCGGCGGAAACGCCUCCGGGGAAAACAGUCGAAUCUCAUAAAGAGUCUAUGUCCGAACCUCCUCUGCUGGAGCCGAGUCAAACCUCGAACCUCCCCACACCCAGUGCCACUGACUUAUCCUCUGCCAAAGCUACCCCUAUUGUGGAGACACCACAGCUGUCUUCUGAGGAACCAGCGAGGGAGCUGAAGCCAGAAAAGAGCCAGGAUGUGCUGGCUGAAGAGAAGCACAUUGAGCCUUCAGUUUCUCUUAGUAGCUCCGUCUCUGUAAAACCCGGUGUCAGUGCCACAGUGGACGUCACCUCAGUGGCACCAACAGAGAAGUCUGACAUUGAGGUUUCUAAACCAGAGAUAAACGCCCCCAUCCAAACCCCAGAAAAGACGGAUGAAUCCCAAGUUCUCCAUCCCACCACCCCCCCUCAGUUAGAGCAUCACCCUGACCCUCCAGUUGUCCCUGACAGUAGUACUGUUCCCACUGAGCCUACCCACCCUGCUCCAGACACCAUUACAGAACUUGAGCCCUCUGGUGGUCCCCUGGUCAUCACAGAAAAUAAGAUCGAGGAUUUUGCCGAAGACAUCACUACGUCAUCAACUGGCAAACCUUCCUCGCCUACCACACCGUCCCUCUCAGACAUCUAUGCAGAGCCCCCCAACGGCACGGAGCAGAACGGGAACCCAGUGCACGGCUCCAGCCAGAAGGAGUCCGUGUUCAUGAGACUCAACAACCGCAUCAAGGCCCUGGAGAUGAACAUGUCACUGAGUGGACGCUACCUGGAGCAGCUAAGCCAGAGGUAUCGAAAGCAGAUGGAGGAGAUGCAGAAGGCUUUCAACAAAACCAUCAUUAAACUCCAGAACACGUCUAGAAUAGCAGAGGAGCAGGACCAGCGUCAGACUGAGUCCAUUCAUAUGCUGCAGGGCCAGCUGGAGAAUGUGACUCAGCUGGUUCUCAACCUGUCUGUCAGAGUCAGCCAGCUGCAGAAUGAGGUUGCAGACAGGCAGAACUACCUUCUGCUGUCUCUGGUGGUGUGUCUGUGUCUCGGACUGCUGCUGUGCGUCAACCACUGCCGCAUCAACACAAUUUCUCCAACCGCAGAACCAGAGCCACCCAUACCUAAGAGCUACACCUACUGCUGUCCUGAAAGGCAGUUCUCUUCCUGUGAUGAGACGGGCUUGAAGAGGAGCGCUUCCUAUCCACUCAUACACACACUCGCCACCACUGAAGGCCCUGAAAUGCUGCACGCAGAGGAGACGCAGAGUCUUUGUCCAGCUAACAGAAAGAGGAGACGCCGUAAGAUGAAACCCAUGGAGAAAGUGGAGACUCUGAAACCUUCUUUUCACGCAGCUCCUGAACUGUGUAACGGAGCUGUUGUGUGUAACGGUGCACCCAUCACCACAAACCCCACCCCCCUCACAAAAAGGUUACUUCCACCUCUGUUUAGAGACUCACCAUCAGAGGUCAGCUCGGAGGGCUCGUCACAUUCAGACGACCCCUCCUUCUGUGGCAUCACCACAGCUUGCAGCCGGAUCUGUGACGGGCUCCCUCCACCCAAGACCCGGGCGGAGAAACGGGCAUUAAGACGCAGGCGUCCAAAGUCCAGCUGCGCGGUGGUGGACUUUCUUCAAGCCCCACGGAGGGACAGGAGCGAACCAUUGCCCAUCUCUACCAUACAGGACAUCAUGAACAGGAAAACGGAGCAAAGCUCUGGGACAUGUGGGGUGAAUGUCGCCCUUUCGGGUCCUGUUUGACAGGACUCCACUCCUUCUCACUGACUGCUCAGCUCUUUCCAAAAGAGGAAGGAUGUUCAUUUGUGUAGCCACAGGCAGCUCUGAGCUUCGACAUGAGACAAUCCCUUCACUCUUACUUUUGUUUUCUGUUCAUGUUCUCGUCAGAUGUUUAUAUUUGUUAUACUUCACAGCAAAGAAAUGUCUUCCCAGCAUUCCAUUAAAGCUCUUUCUCUUUGGUUUGGAAACUGUGA